GUGAGGUUAGGGUUCAUCUUUAAAGUGUGAUUUUAUAUUUAGUUUUUAUUUGGUCGUAUACAUUUUUAUUUAUUAUGGCUAUACGACGUAAUAAACCACCAAAAUCUAAUUCAAAAGUAACAAGGAAACAAUUACGUAAAGAUAAACGAAAAGGAAAGAAAAUUAAACGUAAUGAAUUUUAUAGAAAUCGAAAUAAACCUGGCAAAUUUGUUUUAAAUCCAAAUAAAAGUUCUUCUAACAAUAUAAAAGAACAGAAAACGGCCGAUUUUAAAAAACAAAAAGUGAAAAAUGAUACAGUAUCCAAUAAGGUUCUUAGUAUAGAAGCAAUAAGAAAUAAAGAACAAAAGGAGAAAAAUAAACUUCAGAAAGAGAUGACGAAACAAAGAAUGAAACAACUACUAGACGCUAAUGUUGAUGAAGACCGUAAUAUAAAACAAUUAGAAAAACACUUAAAAUUAAAUAAACGCAAAUCUAAAUCUAUUCCAAAAAGUUUUACGGAAGAUGGCUUAGAUUAUUUACUGGAAGUUUGUGAUUCGGAAACCAUGAGUUCUACGAUAGCAACUGAACAGGAAUUAAAUGAAGCAAAUAAUGAAUUUGAAGAAGAUUUCACGUUGAUGACUGGUCAAGCUAAUGGUACGAAGGAGAAAGAAAAUGAUUCUUCCAUUGAGGAUACUGACUCAGAUGAAGAUAUGAAUAGUGAAUCGGAGCAACUUAGCGAAGAAGAGAAUGAUGAUAUAAAUGAUCAAAGUGAAGAUGAAGAUAUGAAUGGUGAAUCGGAGGAACUGAGCGAAGAAGAGAAUGAUAAUAUAAAUGAUCAAAGUGAAUACGAAACAGAUUCAGAGACUGUAGAAAAUGAAAAAUACAGUACAAAAAAAGAAAAAGUCAAAGAACAAAAGAGUAAAAAUAAUGUAGGGGAAGUUGGCAAAGCUACAAAAAGAAAGAAAGGGAAAGGGUCAAACACCAGUCCAACUAGAGAUAAAAAAGUAAAAUUAAACAGUUUAGAUACAAAUCCUGCAGUUGAAGGAGAUAUUUCUAAUGAAGAUCAAGUUUCUGAAUCUGAAAAAAAUUUUGAUACUGAAGGUACUAUGAAACAAAAUGAAGAUGGAACUUGGGAAGAUAUUUAUGGUAGAUUGAGAACUAACGAUGGUGCUAUUGUAACCAAAAGUGAAGAAAAAUACAUACCCCCAACGAUAAGAGCAAAAUUAGAAACAAAUGUGUCACAAGAUAAAACUCGAAUAGAAUCACUGAAUAGACUUAAAAAACAAUUGAAAGGUCUCUUAAAUAGAUUAGCAGAAAGUAAUAUGCAUAACAUCGCAUCACAAAUUGAAAAUAUGUAUAUGAAUAAUAGCCGUAACGAUAUGAGCGAAACAUUAACAAAUUUAAUGAUGGAAUCAUUAGUGUCCGAGGUUAUAACGCCAGAGAGAUUGUUAAUUGAGCAUGUUGUAUUGAUAAUAGUUCUACAUGCUAAUGUUGGUACAGAAGUUGGUGCACAUUUUUUGCAGUCUGUUGUGAAAAAAUUUGAAGAAUUUGUGAAUGCAAACCACGAUGUAGAGAACAAAAAGUUGGAUAACAUUGUAAAUAUAAUAUCGCAAUUAUAUAACUUCAAACUUUUUGAUGCGAAGUUAUUAUAUGAAAUGUUGUAUAAACUUUCCAGUAAAUUUGAGGAAAAGGAUGUGGAAUGUAUUUUACAUAUCUUGAAAAGUGUCGGCUUUACACUGAGGAAAGAUGACCCAAUAGCUUUGAAAAAUUUCAUUUUAGAUAUUCAGAAACGAGCUGGGGCAGCAUCCGAAGAAGUAAAAGAUAACCCUCGUGUCAAAUUUAUGUUGGACAUCCUACUGGCUAUUAAAAAUAAUAAUGUAACGAAAAUUCCAAAUUAUGACACCUCAUAUUCGGAGCAUUUAAAAAAAAUUAUGAAGGCUUUUAUAAGGAAAGGCAAUUAUGUGACUCAGUUGAAUAUUUCACUGGAAGAUUUGCUUAAAGCUGACGAGAGAGGUAGAUGGUGGGUAGUUGGAUCAGCUUGGACUGGAAAUACUCAAAAUAUUGAUAAAUUGGGUAAAUCUGCUAAAGCUGAUGGAUUUUCUGAAAAAUUAUUAUUAUUAGCUAAGAAACAAAGAAUGAACACAAACACAAGAAGAAAUAUUUUUUGCAUAAUAAUGUCAGCAGAGGAUUACUUAGAUGCAUUUGAGAAACUGUUACAUUUAAAUUUGAAAAAUCAGCAAGAAAGAGAAAUAAUUAAUAUUAUCUUACAUUGCUGUUUACAAGAAAAACAGUAUAAUCCCUAUUAUGCAGUAUUAGCUCAAAAAUUUUGUGAAUACGAUAGGAAAUAUCAGAUGAAUAUUAAAUGUUCUAUUUGGGAUAAGUUAAAAUCACUAGGAGAGCAUUCUGGAAGUCAGUUGUCCAACCUUGCAAAGAUGUUAACGCAUUUGUUUAUAGAAAAGGGUUUACCAAUAUCCACAUUAAAGAUUGUGGAAUUUGGUGAAUUAGACAAAAUCACACUUCGUUUUAUGAGACAAAUUUUGUUAGGAAUUCUGCUCCAUAAAGAUCUCAACACUUGCCUCUCUGUAUUUGAAAAGGUCGCACAAUCUGAGAAACUGAAGUUGUUUAGGGAGAGUUUACGUUUAUUUAUUCACCAUUUCUUACUGAGGAAUUUGAAAUCCGAAAGCAUUCCAGAAGAACAAAAAUCAUUAUUAGAGAGUAGAUCUAAAAUGGUUGAAAAGGUGUUAAUGUCUAAAGAAAGCAAAAUAAAAUUUUGAUAAACUUA